CCCCUCAGCCGGGAGCCGCCAUGUCCGUGGCGUUCGUGCCCGAGAGGGUGCGCGGCAAGGCGGAGGUGAACCAGGACACGCUGCAGCGGCUGCUGGAGGAGAAUGACCAGCUGAUCCGGUGCAUCGUGGAGUACCAGAGCAAGGGCCGCGCCACCGACUGCGUGCAGUACCAGCACAUCCUGCACAGAAACCUCAUUUAUUUAGCUACAAUUGCCGAUGCCACUCCGCUCAGCACGCAGAAGGCUGUAGAGUGACUGCAAUACGUGACGGGAGCAGUGCUGCUUUCAGAGGCUGUAGAAAUAGUUUAGAGUCCCACUUUGACAGCCAAGACGGUGUGGGCUUGAAAAAAAACAGGUAAAAAGUGAUCUGUACAUCUGUGCUUAAAAUGUGAAUGUAGUUUUCAGCGUAGUAUUUGGCCAGCUUUUCCCGUUACUGUAACUAACACACCUUCAGAAUGAUAAUUAUCACAUUCCCUUUUCCCUCUGAAAAACUCAACUCGGUGUACUUCUGUGAACAACCCUGUUGUCAGGACAGCAUUAUGGGAAGCACAGCCCAUUUUAUGAGUAAAGUUCUGUAAAAACAAGGUAAAUGUUAUGCUAUGUGACUCCUCCUUCCAACACGUUGGGCAAUUCCAAAGUUGGGCACCUGUUCCAUAUAUAAAAGCAGUAGACUCUUUUGUAUCCUGUACCAGAACAAUUGUUAAAUAAAUUGUUACAUUGAUAAAUAAA